CAGUGUUGGGCGUUGUUUUCGUGCGCCUGAUUCCUGAUUGAAUAUCUGGUUGCUUCAUCGUUGGACUACAAGCUGCUCAUCAUGCCUAAGCAACCUGCUGUUUAUGUUCCUGAAGAAAGCGUCCAUAGUCUGAGUGAAGAGGAAUCUGCCGGCGAAAUGACUUGGCCUCGCCCCAACUUCGACAGGCAACGGAUUGCGGCUGUCUUGAAACACCCACACUUUUUACAAAAGAAGCGAUUUCAUUCGGCUUCAUUCAGCCACUCUGGUGCCAACGGUCUGACGAUUGAUGGGAUUCCGUCGGAUCUUCGAGCCCUGACUGCGGCAAUGCGUCGUUGCCAGAUCAGUGGUACUCGCACAUUAUACGGCAAGAAUAGCAAGAAAUCACGCGAUGGCCGCCGCAUUCCGAAUAAACGUGGCGGUAAAAGUCUAGAAAAUCCUGCUGACGAGUUAGAUGAGAUCGCUUUAGAUCAUAAUGAUCCUGAUUACGAUUCGGAUUUGGAAGAUCCCGUUACUCUGGAGACCCUCAGCCCCUCACCCACAGAUGAAGAAUUCGAGCGCUUGUGCUCUUCUGUUUUAAAAGAACUUUAUAUCCACGGUAAAACGCAGGAGGUGGUGGUGAGUCAUCCUGCUUUUUUACUAUUAAGUACGAAUUUUUGCACGGAGGAAAAACCGAGUUCUCUAAUUGCGCGUUUAUCACUCUUUGAAAGUCAGCGAGAGUUUCAUGCUGGAUGAUCUACCAGAGUAAGCUUUGAAAGGUCCAGUGUACAAUGGGCUCUCGCUUUUCGUUAGCGUUGCUUUUAAAGUCGUUUAUUACCUGCCGGUAAAAACAUUCAUAACAAGGGAAGAAAGCGAAGGAAAAAUACUGGAGUCGAAAGUCUGCCAACAGAGUCUACUUGCGAUUUGCAGAUUAAAAACUAGGAAUAGGUUUUUUUUCCACUACCAAGUUGCUAAGCUUUGACCACGACCAGCAGCCUUUUGGACUUGACCGUAGAAAACCUCAGGGCACAAGUAAUGCUCUCGUUCUUUUUCAAAAUGCGCGACGCUAAUGCAGUGUGCUAGUUCAACUGAGUUCAUACCUACCAUAGAGGUUGCCGAGUUCGAUGGCGUUUUAUACCAUAACCAUUGACUGCACCAUCAUCAUCAUCAUACACGUUAACUAGAGGUGGGGUACACCUCUGCUACUGUGCCGCAAUACAC